AUGCACCUGCCAGUGAUCGCUCAGUACCCCAAGAUGAAAUCGUCCUUUUUUGAAAACAGUUCCCAUCCCAAUUCUCAAACAAGAAUCGGGAUGAUCGACGGUUCCGACGGGUACGGUGAGGGAACACAUGGUCCAUCAUCUAUGCCUCUUAAUCCAGGCAACAGCAACAACAACAGCAAUGGCAAUGGGAAACCCAGAUCAAAAGACCCAUUUGAUUUUGCCGCACUUAAAAAUCAAUUACCCCCGAACACUGGACCCCCUGGCACUGUCGCCACAGGUGGGAGCUCUUCAAAUUCGAAGAAUUUAAGUCAUGUUCCAUGUAAGUUCUUCAAGCAGGGAGUAUGCCAGGCUGGAAACUCAUGCCCCUUCUCCCACAACUUGGAUGGCUCAUUGGGUGCUGAUAAGCUUCCCUGUAAGUAUUUCCAGAAGGGAAAUUGUAAAUUUGGAUUGAAGUGUGCUUUGGCCCAUUUUUUACCAGACGGUACGAGAAUUAACUCUAAGGCUAUCCAGAAUUAUAGGAAAAACAGCAACCUGAAUAAUAAAAACUCAAACAAUAAUGCUGCUAACAACAUUAGUAACAUUCCCAACGGUAUUCCUAAUGCAAACCCAAAUACAUCGUAUGGAUCGAAUAACACUUAUUACAGUACCAAUGGAGGUAGCUUUUCGAAUAGUAAUUCUAGUUCCUUUAUCCAUUCGCCAACCUCACAGCAGUUCCAACCGAGCGUACCUCAAUCACAGCAGCAAAAUGACUUCAUCCUGUCUGGAAACAGGAACUCAUUUUCCUCUCAGCCAAUUGAUAUUGGGAAUACUUUGCUGGAGUUACCAUCUCCAGGCAACAGAAUUGCUAAGUUUGUAAAUUUACCAUACCAGCAAGUGAAUUCUCAUUCUCAGUCCCUGUCUCAGGGCCAAGGAGGGCUCAAUUUUACUCCAUUUCAGACUCAAGGUAGUCAGGGGAGUCAAGGCGGACAAGGAGGACAUUCAAUGCAAGGAAGCCAAUUGGCUACUGGUGGAAGCUUAUUGCCCCAACCUUUAUCCCCUAGAGGUGGUUCCUUUGGUUCGAAUGAUCAAUAUUUCAAUACUGGAUUGAAUGGUGGUAUAUUCUCCAAUACAAACUCAAAUAGCUUUGUCAAGACACCAAUGAAUCGUUCGUAUUCUUUCAACACCUCCCCACCUUCGUCUGGUAACAAUAUCACUAUCUCUAACAACUUCAAUCCACUUUCAUCCCCGUUUGGCCAAACACCACCAGGAACCACACCAUCUUCUUAUCAAGUUUCUCAACAACCAUUUUCGAGACUUGGUACUUCCAAUUCUUCAUUUUCAUCUACUUCUUACUACUACAAUAACUCUACAAACUUGAACGAUUCUGCAAUUGCAGACGAUGAAGAUGAUAUUAGAAGUAAGGAAACUGUUUCAGCUGGUACUGGCGGCAAGCUUGCAGGAACUGGAGAUGAUUUCUUUUGUGAGGAAGAUUAUGUUCCUGGAUCACUUAGCGAUUUAAUAUUGACUCCACAAGAACUUCAAAGACGUGAUUCCAGAUCUCAAUCAGGUACAUUACUUGUCAGACCUAAUUUAAAGGCAUUAUUCAAUGACAUGAAGGAGGAACAGGAAGAAGUAGAAAUUGGUACCGAUUCCGGUAGUUCUAAUAACGUUCAAAGCCCAAGAGCAGAAAAAGCAAACUUAGUACAUGAAGAUGUUUUCUUAAUGGAAUAA